AUGGAUACCGUCUUGGUUUUCAGCCUAAUCAUUACAUCCUACGAUGCUAACAAGAAAGAACUCAGAAAUGGCAGCUGCCAAGUGGAACCGCUGCCUGGUCUCUUCCCAAAGGGCGUGAGAAGCAUCAGGGCUGUGCUAAUGCGAGAAGCUCAGACAGAAGCCAAAUGGCCCAGAUUCGUCCAAAAUCAGACUGUGGCGACCUUGUAGUGUCUUGGUUCUGGGAGCAAAGUGAAAGUCAACCUUGUACAUUUGGAAAAAAGGCAAAAGGUCAAGCCCACUCUGAAGAACCUGAGAGUCAUGGAUGUUCCUCAGAGAAACAGCACUGCCCCCACCCCGAGCUGUCACCUAAGCCCCACAUCCAAGGUUCAGAGUGGAUCCGUUCUCACUGGCCUCCCUUUUUUACCAGGGAUCUCCCAGUGAGAGAUCUCUCCAGUGAUGGGGGAUUUAUCAGAGACUUUUUCACCACUACCACCUCCAUCCAUAACUCCUGCGAAGAAACGAGAGAAAACUACAAGGACUGAUGACUUUUCUAGUCCUCUGAAACAAGACACAGAUGAGAACCUAGAGAAGAGGCAGAAAUGGAGCAUUGUGGCCAAAUUUCUGAUUGCAGUCACCUUGUGGUUCAGUGGAAUCGCCAUUACGGCAUGCAUCAUUUCUGAAGUCCCAUGUCCUAGUCAACACCUAGGAGCCAGAGAUACGCCAGUGCCAGCGGCUGUGGAGAAGGCAAAGAAAGGAAGGCCAGCAACCUGGGGCAGCUGAAUCCCAGCCUGACUCUCAGCCCAAAAAGGAAAAUGUUCUCUGUAUGGCUAUUGUCAUUUGCCUGGAGAAAAUGGGGUUAAUAUAAACUCUUGGAGACAGGGAGAUACUUUAGUGUUAUGAAGCAAAUAUGGGUAAUUCUUUUAUGUGUCGGGAAAUGGGCAUGUAUUUGUACUACUGUUUUCUUAACAUCAGCAGGGCCAUAAU